CCUUGUCUGAGCAUGCGCACUUCGAUGCAUCGUCUGCUAAUCAGAAAGGAACGAUGUUGAUGUUUCGAAUAAUAAUGUUCUUUACAUAGAAUUACUGGAACCCAUGUGUGAUUGUUUCCAUGCAUAAUGGCCACAGAUACCACAGUGCGGCUUGAGCUCACCUUUAACCCGGAGGAUGACGACAACUGUCACCCUAAACGCAAGAAACGAAUAGACAGUGAUGGACUCUCCAAUAUGACGAUGUGGUCAAAAUAUGAGUAUCAAGAAGACAUGGACUGUUCGAAUGAUACACUUUCCGCAACAGUUUCUUCAGGGGAGGAAACAAGAAAGGGGUCAGCUGCGUUGUCAGAGUCAUCCAUACACGAGUCAGGAGACGAUAAAUGCAAAGAGACAUUUAAAUUCCCAUCAUUCAAAUUCUACCGAUUGCGCGUGCCAAGCUGGCGUUGGUCUCGGCAAAAGGAAACAGCGAUUCACGGGGAACUGAUCGAAGAACUAAGCCCCGAGAAUACACUGGAAAGGGAGCAACGUUCAAAAUUAGAGGAAUCCGAGGAACAUGUUAAACUGAGGGGGCAUAGUUUGGAGAGGCGUUCUAGUUUGGACAGGCUUAGAAAAAUCGGCAUCAGGGCACGGCGAUCACUGUCCACAGCGCUGACAUCAUUCGCUUGUCUGGGAGGCCAGCGGUUUGAAGACGACGAUGAUGAUACACCGUAUCUGUCGGCGAAACACGAGAGGGAUUUAAACACGCCAAGACUAGAAAUUAUUGAUCUGCACAUGCUGAACACCGUGGAUAACCCGAAUGCAACCGUUAUUGAUUCAAAGGACCAUAUCAAAGACACUGGAAACUGAUUUCCCUUUCUCAGUUUCAAAGAACUGGUCGGGGCGCACUUAACUCUUCAUUCAACGUGGUUUUACAUAUCUGUGCACUUACAAACAUUAUGCAUGAUGUAUAUUUACUUACUGUCAUUAAACUAAUUUUAUAAAUUG